AUGUCAAUCUCCGAUUCCAACCGCAAGGAAUUUGCGAGGUCCGUUACGAAGAAAGCCGUUCCUCGGAAAGACGAGUGUGCAUUUCAGGUGAAGACUGGAGCGAACAAUGAAACAAAGAAGGGUCAGAAAAAAUUAACAUCUAGAGCUACUUUUGAUCAGUCAUUGCCUGGCGCCAGUGGCCAGCAGCAGUACUUCCGCAUCCAGCCGCGCGACGUGAAGGUGCACGAGGGCAGCGAGGCCAUGCUGGAGUGCGAGGUCACCAACCUGGCCGGCCAGGUGCAGUGGACCAAGGACGGAUUCGCGCUAGGCUUCAGCAGCACCAUCCCGGGCUUCCCUCGCUACUCGGUGAUCGGCGACGCGCGCAGCGGCGUCUACAACCUGCGCAUCGUCAACGCCACGCUGGACGACGACGCCGAGUUCCAGUGCCAAGUGGGGCCCGCGCGCUUCCACAAGGCCAUCCGCGCCAACGCGCGCCUCACCGUCAUCUCUCCUCCGUCUUCCAUUGAGAUUGUCAAUCAUCCACCAAAUUCAAAAAUUGAAAUUCGAGAGAAUCAAGAACUAGAGCUGGAAUGUCAAGUUAGAAAUUCCAAACCAGCCGCAAAGAUUGUUUGGUAUCGAGGAAAUGUAGAACUUAAAAUAGAAAAGCAUGAGUCUGUCACUGAAGUUGCCAUCCCAAACUCAAGAACAAAAAGAUUUAAUGUGAGAAGUAGAAUCAAGUUGCAACCAACAGCAGAAGAUGACUAUGCAGAUUAUACUUGUGAAGCAAGACAUGAAGCUCUCCCAGCUGAUAUGCCACUGAGAGUCACAGUGCAACUUAGUGUACUCUAUCCACCAGGUGUUCCUUACAUUGAAGGCUACACAGAAGGAGAAAUUAUUCGUCGUGGUCAAACAUUGGAGCUGGUAUGCAGGUCACGAGGAGGGAAUCCUCCAGCACAACUCAUUUGGUACAAAAAUGGAGAACAGAUCAGAAUGGCCUACAGAACAGCAGGAAGACUAUCAGAAAAUAUGUACACCUUUACUGCUGAUGCAAGUGAUAAUAAAGCACACUAUCGAUGUGAAGCUUCUAAUAUAAUGAGUCCAGCUCCACUAAAAGCAGAUAUCCAAUUGACUGUGCUAUUUGCUCCAUCGCAAGUCAGUAUAUCAGGUCCAACUGAAGCUAAAGUUGGUGAUCAAGUACCUCUGACUUGUACAACUGCCAACAGUAAUCCUCCAGCAGAAGUGAAAUGGAUGGUAGGAGGACGUCACAUUCGGAAUGCAACAAGUCGAGUAAUUGAGUCCACUGAAGGAGGAUCUAUUACAACUUCCAAUAUUACUGUGUUAAUAACUCCAAAUCGGAGAUCAUUAGUUGUCAUCUGCCAUGGAUUGAAUAUGCAACUUACAGAAAAUGUUGUCAGCACUCACACAAUUAAUGUCCUAUAUCCUCCUGGUCAGCCCAUAAUUCAUGGCUUCACUGAUGGUGUAAGUGUACCAGCUGGUACUGUGCAAAAGAUCUCGUGUAUAUCUUCUGGAGGGAAUCCUUUGGCCACACUUACAUGGUACAAAAAUGACAAAAAGAUAAAUUCUGUGAGAAAAGUGACAGAUAGAUCAGUUUCUGCUGAAGUGACUAUUUUAACAAAUGUUACUGAUAAUGAAGCCAUUUAUAAGUGUGAAGCAUCAAACUCAGCCACAGAGAUACCUCUGUUUGAAACAAUUACUUUAAGUGUUCACUUUCCACCUGAACAUGUUGUAAUACGCAAAGAUCCAGAGAAACUCACUCCUGGUGCUCGUGCCACACUCACUUGCGACUCCAGCUCGAGUAAUCCAGAAGCAGUGUUAUCUUGGUAUCGUGAUGGAAUAGCUGUACCAGGAAUCACUAAUGUGACCCGACCAGGUCUUCAUGGUGGCAAAGUUUCAAGCAUUUUACUGCACUUAGAUAUUUCAUCAGAGAUGAAUGGAGUAAAGUACACCUGUCAAGCAACAAACACUGCUCUCCAACGAAGUGUCAAUGAUGCUAUUAUUCUUGACGUACAUUAUAAGCCUGUUUUUGAAGAUGCUCCUAUAGAAACACAUGUUGGAGUAGAAGGGCAGCCACUUAUUCUUGCCCUGCAGGCAAGAGCAAAUCCUUCCAGCAUUGCAUACACGUGGACCAAAGAUGGAAAUGUAGCAGCAAAGAAGAAAGAUACCCGUGUGGUUGCUGAGGGCCCCAUUUUAAAUAUAACAAAUCUUAGAAAAGAUGAUGCAGGCGUUUACACCUGUGAAGCUGUAAAUAGUGAAGGAUCAACUCGUGUGAUUGUGAACAUCACUGUUCAAUAUGCUGCAGUUGUAACAGAAGCACCUCAAAUGGUAAUGGUUUCACCAGGAGAAGAUGCUCAACUGUAUUGUUCAGCUGAUGGUAAUCCUCUCACAGAAGCUCAUAUCAUAUGGUCUCACAAAGGAUUCAGUGAAAGGGAAAUGAACCAACGCACUGUGAGAACUUUUCGCAAUGGCACAUCGUAUCUUCUGGUAAAGAAACCUAAAAGAGAAGAUAAUGGACCAUAUGUGUGCACAGCAAAUAAUAAAGUUGGCAAUGAAUCGAGCAAAUCAAUCUACCUGAUUGUUAAAUAUAAACCAGAAAUUGAUACAUCACCAAGUAUUGCUAAAGCAGCAAGCAAUACAGGUGACACUGGCAGACUAGUUUGCCGAGCAUCUGGUGCUCCGGCAGUAAGAUUCAAAUGGUCCAGGGAAGGGUCUCCUAUUCCCGUUAAUACAACUGAAAAAUACUUCAUAGAAGUGCGCCAGUUGGAUUUGGUUAUGUAUGAAUCAGUUCUUCUUGUAAAAUAUGUACGUCCUUCUGAUUAUGGUGGAUAUGAAUGUGAAGCUCGGAAUAAUAUAAGUUUCUCAACAACAACUGUGAGAUUGGAUGUCACAUCAGCUCCUGAUCCACCAUCAGAUCUGAAAGUCACAAAUGUAACACAUGACUCUGUGUCAGUGUCUUGGGUACCAGGAUUUAAUGGUGGUAUGGAACCAACUUAUAGACUACGAUACCGCCCAACAAGCAUAAUGAAUGAAGGAUAUCAUUAUGUUGAUGUAACUCAUGACAAUGCAACAUCUUAUACCAUUACUGGGUUGGCAAUGGCCACAGAUUAUACCAUCAGCAUUAUGGCUUUUAAUAAGUUGGGUGGUAGUAGAUACCUUCCUGAUAUCUUACGGGCAAAAACAUCAAGUGAGGCACCCCCUUCUCUUCAGUCAAGCAAGGAUGUAGAUUACCAGUCAGGCGGUGAAGGGCGUCUUCCUAGUCUGGUGAUCAUAAUCGUCACGGUGGUGGGAACUGCACUUCUCGUCCUCAACGUGCUCCUUGUAGGCUGCUGUCUUCACAGACGUGCCAACAAAAGACUCACAGGUGGGUUCUCUUCACCCAUUGUUUAUUCCAUAGAUCAGCCUGAACCGCCGCCUACUAUCCCAGAUGUUCUCUUGGACAAAGCUGAUAUUCCACGACUCGUCAUAAUAGGAGUAUCUGUCACUGGUGCUCUCUUGGUGCUCCUUAAUGUUGCUUUGGUUGUGUGCUUUAUUUUGAGGAAAAGGAAGAAGAGGAUGCGGGAAGCUGCAAGUGAGCAGAGUAGUAGCAAAUCUGCCACUAUAGAGAUGUAUGCACCAAGUAGCUACAAUGAAACUGUUACGGGCGAAACAUUAAGUUCCGUUUCAGAGAAGAGUGAAAGUUAUUCAAAUGGUGAUAGCAACCAGGAUUAUCUGGAGGAAGGAACAAAAGCUGCCGCAAGCACCUACUUGAUUGACAAAAUGGAGUACCCCUACCAGUAUCCAACUUACGAAAUGCAGCACCAACCAAAACAACUGCAUGAGGAAGCCGCUGAGACUCGAAAUACAUACAACCAUGCUGUUGAAGAUGAUGAUGAUGAUGAUGGGAAUAAGAUGCACUAUAAUAACAUCCCUCCUCCACACACUGUUGAUGGCGCCUAUUACAACAUCUCGCCAGAUGCCAGAUACAUACCAUAUCCGCCCCAGAUGGAAUUCAGUCACCUGCCACAACAAGUGAACACUGGAUCUCUUCGCCGCCCGCAGCAUAGAGGAGCUGUUGUGCCACCCGAUGUGACAGUAUCACACAACCCUCCCCUGCAGCAUAAUCAUGCAACCCAGAAUGGUCCAAAUUUGUCUGCUGCUUUGACGCAGCACUCAAGCCAUCCCGUCCCCCCAGCUCCUCUAUUGUCAACGUUUAACCCAGGCCUCAACUACCCAGCAGCAAUGGAGACAGAAGGCCAUCUGGUGUGACUGUGAAAAGAAACAUGGUGUAUGUGUGAUUUGAGUUGCAACAUUAAUCCGAUGCCAAAGUAACACAAUGCCAACAAUAUAUGUCAAGGCUUCCAAGCUGGAUGUCACAAGAACACUGUUUUUUGUUGUGUUUUGUGUGUACAGUGAUUUGAAGACAUAGCACAGUCUACAACAGCUCUUCCAGUGCACUUGUUGUUGGAUGCUCCACAAUGAUGGAUUCGGUGCUAAAGAUGGACUGAGUGAAUUUUUAAAAAUUUUAUUCGCUAGACGGUGUUGGAAUUUUUAAGAGGAUGUUUGCAGUUCCUGCCUCAGGGCUAGAAGGAAACUAGCCCUACUUAAGGUGCCAAAAGGCCUAUCACUAUGUUCAUCAUAAAAUGAUAAAGAGAAAAUAGACUUUACUGUUGAAGUACUCAUUUGAUGUGAAACUGAAACAAAAGACAGUGAAUUUGAUUGAAGCAUAGUACAAUUUGGACACCGAAAUAUUUGUGCAGGUUAUUGUUAAUAAAUUCCAAGAACAAGUAGAGUGUAACUAUGUACAAUGUAGUUCAAAUGAGGAUGUUCACUGAGUGAUUGAAGAGUGAAUAAACUUAAAUUGCAAGUUGUGUUGACAGACCUACAGAAGAUAAAAGAGACCAGUGCAGUGAAAACAAUAUUGUUUGUGGUUGAAGUGCUAUAGUGUUUCAUUAAUCAGGGGGAAUUUAUUAAUAGUGAUCAAUAAAACAGCUCAAUCACCUUUACAACAUAGGUGACUAAACAGAAUUAUGCAUUAAGACUGAAUAGAAGUAUAGUAUAAAAGUUAUUUAAAAAACCCAGAAAUAUUCUCAAAAAAAACAACCAAUCAGUUACACAUAAUCUUUCAUGUUAUAAAAUGUCUUUUGAUCUCAAUUUUCUUAUUUGUACUUAAGAUAUCUUACUCUUAAGAUGUAUAGUAGCUGCAGCUGGCUUCAAUGUGGACUCAUUUCGUUCCAACACAGUUACUGCCGCUCCAUGCAUAAGUGUUUCCUUCGUGUGUCCCAGAGAGAAGGACUAAGUGAAGCUAGGUCAGCCACUCUGCACCUCAGCUUGCACCAGAUGCUGCAUUUAUAAGCAGCUCUUCCAUUUUCACUUAUCUGUGUGUAGUCAUGUUUUAGAUUGUCUAUUUUCUAUCCAUUUAUGUAGCGGCAGGAAAAUGGAUAUGUUUGCUAAGUAAAUUAUUAAUCUUAUAUUAAUAUAAUUAAUGUUGCAAUUUGUUGUAUAAUUUCAUGAUGUAAAUUACACCACCAAAGAUUAUUACUACCGUGGCUGAAUAACAAAUUCUUCUACACCCAUCCGGAGACAGGGCUGAAGUUAGGAAAAAAUGUUUCUUCAUACAUGUGCUAUUUGCUGUAGUGUCUGUGAAAUCUUCAAAAAACGCUGACAUGAUUUAAAACACAUAUCCCAGAUCACUUCAUAGGAACACACUGUCCAAGGUUGACUGGAGGAAAUGCUUUAUUGGUGUACAAAGCUACUAUGAUGUUUUUAUAUAUAAAUAACAUUGGCAGUUAAUUGAUAUGGCCAGUUGUCAUAUUUUAGAUAUAAAGCACAUCAGUACUAUUUUCUCCCGUGAUACAUUGUUUUAUUCUGAGAGUUGUAAUAGCAAGACAUUUGUGUUAAACAUCUGGUUUUCUGUAGGGUUUACGGAAUUCUUAAGAAUAUACAUAGAAAUUGUGUUUAUUUAUUUUAUGCGUUCUGUUUGAGUGUAGCCAAUGUGGGAGAAAGAAGAUUACUGACAAUUAGAGGCCUUAAAAUUCCUACUAGAGCAUACUACUUGUGUUUUGUGUGCAAGGGGCAAGUAGCUGGUAAUUAACUCCCACAUAAGUGCUACAUACUUUUGUCAAUUCUUUAAUAUUUAUUCAUUUGUGAUAUAUAAUGUACAGUGUAAACUAUAAUCACUUUGCCCUGUUUAUAAGUUUGGAGAGUGUUUUGAUUAGUGUGAUUUAUAAGGUACUUAAUGGCUACAUGUUCAACUUACAAGUUUCAAUGGUUUUAUUAAUAAUAUUGACUGUAGCCAUCAUAACGUUUUUUUCAUGCAAUGAUGUAUACAGCCAGUGUUUCAUUGCUUAUAGUAUUCCAUAUACUAUACGCAGUAAAGCAGACUACUUUUUCAAAAGAAUCAUUAUGUUAAAUACAAGUUAUUUACUGCAACUUAAAAUGCCUGUGGUAUUUAAAAACCAAUGUUCAUAUUUCUAACAUUGAUGUACAUUCUGUAUGAGGUAUUACAAUUAUAAUUGUAAUAAAACAAGUAUAUUUGAGAAAUAAUUAUCUUGAGAAAUUUUCUCAUUUGUAAUAUUAUAUCAAAGAAAUGGUGCAUCCACAUCCACUUAUAAAAUUUCAGGAUUCCAAAAUCAUAAUCGCAGAAGAAAAAUGUCAGUCACUGUAAUUAUUACUCAGACAGAAUGUCUGUGAAAGGAAGUCUGCGAUGGUGUUUUAAAUUUCAGCUGAUGUCAACACAAAUUCAAUGUAAUGCAUUUUUCUCCACUUAAUAAUUAUAAAUAUUAUAUAUCUUGGUGAUGUUUUAAUGUGACUAUUUCAUCAAUAAUUCAGAAGAGCUCUUCCAAUAUCACACCAGAUCGGAAAUGCAGAAUGUACCUCUUGACAUUUCACUUCAUUAACAACAGGUUGAAAAUUCAACAAGAACAAUCAUAAGUGC